AUGCAGCCUGUGCAGCGAUCAGAAGCGCCUAGCGCAAUCCGGAAGCAAAGGAGAGCGGCCAUCGCCUACCUUAGGAACUUGCAGAAGCAAGCCUAUAAUUGGCAGCGGGCAACCGGCGUCAAGCGCCCACAUGAGCAAUCGCCCCGCUCUGAUGGGGAUGAUCUUAAUAAGGGACAACCCAUUGAUGAAAUCGGGUCUUCCGAGGAGUUCUUAGGCCAUAGGCCCGGGAUAUCAUCCGAAACGCCUGACACCGAGACCUCAUGUAAUAUAUGGACAAGCCCGUUCACAGUCCCAUCAACAAUCUUCAAGGGCACUCAUCAGCAACAACGAAAGUGGAAUUCGACCCCAAUCCAGCUCAAACCCCCCGCGCAAUUAUACCUGGAUGGAGAUAUAUACCCUCUGGCAUGGAAUGAUGAUGCUUCAAAGUCCGAAUUCAUAGACAAGACUGACUUACCUUCACUUGAAUAUAUCCUCUAUCUUUUUCAAAUUGUUCAGUUUCGCCUUGGUCGAGCAUACAGGGUCCUCGAGGAGAAGUCAUUCAUAGAAUAUCUACAUCGACUUUACGAGAAACGCCCCGAGACAACGACGUCCGACUCUCGAUUUUGUCUUGCUCAAUUCUUCAUGGUCCUUGCGCUAGGAAAUGCAUUUAUCUCAAGGAAUCGAAACUUGAAGGAUCCUCCCGGAUCAAAAUAUUUUGUCCGAGCCAUGAACAUUAUGCCUACCAAUAUAGCGACGGGAAAGGAUAGCCUAAUUGCGAUAGAGGCUCUUGCACUCGUUGGAUUGUACCUCUACGCCAUUGAUCAUAGAGAGGCAGCUCACGUACAUGUCGGCCAUGCUAUACGCAUAGCCCAACUAGAAGGAAUGCACACCCAACUUCCCGAAGAGGACCUCGGAGCUUCAACCGUGUCUCGAUGUCGGAAUCUCUGGUGGUCCUUAUACAUGAUGGAUUCCCACUUCUCCCCUUCUCUGGGUCUUCCAAUGACUCUUCAAGAUAGCGACAUUACUACCCUGAUAAACUCGCCAACAUCAAGUUCCCAAAACCUGGCCUUUAGUCUCCAGGUCAGGCUUACGCGCAUGUGUUCAUUCAUAAUUAGCAAGAAGACCCAACUUGCCACCUUUUUGGACAUCACGCGCAGUAUUCUAGAGGCUAUGGCAAAAUAUGCAGAGGAGAUUGAGGAUAUGUUCAACAUAAAGUUCCAUGGCUCUGGAGACAACGUUCCAGAAGAGACCCGUCAUACGAUUCUUCUGUACCACCAGUGUAUUAUAGUUGCAACAAGACCCCUUCUUCUCUCCGUACUCAAAGAAAGACUAGAGAAAUUAGGCCGAGAAGAAGAAGAUUGGCAAAAGUUCCUCACACUUCCAAAGUCCUUGAUCUCAAUUGGCAUCAAAUCCGCAGAGAAAACACUUCAAAUCAUAGGAAGUGAGAAUAGCUUUCUUGAAACAUUCCUACCAUUCGAUCACGAAAUGACCUACUCCGCCGCAGUCCACCUGACAAUGGCAAAAACACUUUUUCCAUCAAGCACCCAAGACCGACUAUACAGCGAGAACGCACAUGCCAUUCUAGACGAACUAAUUCUCUGGGGUAAUCGAGUGGCCACGGCCCGAAAGCAAGAAUUGAGUCGCAUUGAGGACUUAUUCCAGAAACUUGCUGAACGGGUUGAGCAGGAAGGUCUACUUCUAUUAACUCUAUCCGAUGCUGCAUUCAAUCCUGAUGCCAGUGCGGGUCCGGGAUCUUUCAGUACUAUGGCACAGUCACAGUAUAUCCCAAUAGGGAGAGUUUCUACAGCAGAUACUGUCGGGCCCGGGGCUGUUGCCCUUCCCCCAGCAGCGUCAUCAGCUGCUGCCGCUGCCCAGCAGGAUAAUCAGUCAGUCCCGGCUGAUACACCAGCAACAGCAGCCAACCUCGACUUUCUUGCAAAUAUUGGGAUUUCAUCGUAUGAGUUUCAUUCUAUUAUUGAUCAAAUCAAUAAUCCCGAGAUGUUAUCUGGCGGCGACAUGGAUAUGAGCCCGCAUUGGUCGGCAGCGGUAGAUACCUCGUAUUCGAGCUCGUUGAAUUGA